GCCGAUAUCACGAAAAUGUAUCGGCAGAUACUUGUGCAUCCCAAACACACGCCCUAUCAGAAAAUUCUGUUCCGAACAAAGGACAACGAGCUUCGUGACUUCGAACUCAGCACAGUCACGUUUGGAGUUAACUGUGCCCCCUUUUUGGCAAUCCGGGUACUACAUCAGUUAUCUGAUGACGUUCGUUCGCUCUAUCCCUUAGCAAGUCACAUUAUCGCAAACAAUAUGUAUGUCGACGAUGUACUAGCGGGAGCCCAUUCCAAAUCAACGGCAGAUCAAGCAAUUGCAGAACUCCGCAAAGCCCUUGAAUCUGCCGGGUUCCCCUUGCGAAAAUGGACAUCCAAUGAAAAGGACUUGCUAAGAGCGAUUCCCAAGGACCACUUGCUUCGCGCCGAUUUUUUAGAGAUCGAGGAAGCCUGUUCGGCAAAGACUCUCGGGAUCAGAUGGAAAGCUGACACCGAUGAGUUCUUUUUCGCUCCAUCCGAGCUAACAACCAAACAGUCCGUCUCCAAACGUGAAGUCCUUUCACAGAUUGCCAAACUGUUCGAUCCAGCAGGUUGGCUGGGUCCAGUCAUUAUUCAGGCAAAAAUAUUCAUGCAGGAGAUCUGGCUCCAAGAACUGGGCUGGGACGAUCCGCUACCUGAGAGUCUUCUCAGUAAGUGGAAUUUAUUUCUGCAAGAGUAUCCGGGCCUCAGUGCGAUUCGCAUCCCUAGAUGGGUCGAAUUCCGCCCACAGGGGACUAUUCAAUACCAUGGGUUUUGUGACGCUUCGCAGCGUGCAUAUGGGGCCGCCAUUUACGUGCGCACUGAGAUACAAGAUCGCAUCUCAGUACAUCUCCUAACAGCGAAAACGAGGGUCGCUCCGGUCAAGACGAUAUCCUUGCCACGACUAGAGCUGUGCGGAGCAGCACUUCUGUCCGAGUUAUCCGCUGCACUCAGUCCCCAGCUACCUUCCGCUGGCGGCGACUGGUUCUAUUGGACAGAUUCCACAAUUGUGCUAGCUUGGCUUCAUAAGCCACCAUGCGCCUGGACUACCUUUGUAGCAAACAGAGUCGCAAAAAUUACUCAGGCCACCGACUCCAAUAAAUGGUCCCAUGUACGAUCCGAGUACAAUCCAGCGGACCUAGCGAGCAGAGGUGCCCCACCACAAGCGUUAGUCAACAAUGAGCUGUGGUGGCACGGGCCAGAAUGGUUACGCCUACCUCAGAACCAAUGGCCCAUUCCUUCAGAUCCCCUCCCAGAUACGACAAUAGAGCAACGUACGAUUAAGGUAAACCUCGCAAACACGGCUCCCUCAUUUUCUUUCCUCGAGCGCUUCUCCAAGUUCGAUCGAGCCCUGCGAGUGUUAGCAUACAUAUAUCGCUUCGUCAAGCGUUGCAAACGAUUGUCGCUCCCGUCAACUAUUGAAAUUGACAGCAACGAGAUUUCUUAUGCACAAGAAAGACUCAUUCUCCUGACCCAGAGACAAGCAUACUCGUCAGAGUACACUUGCUUGAGCACGAAGAAACAGCUCACUUCCAGCAAACUCCUUAAUUUGAACCCCUUUCUAGAUGGUAAGGGAAUUAUUCGAGCAUGUGGUCGUGUAAGAGCGGCCGAAGCACUCGGCUACGAUGAGCGGCAUCCAAUCAUACUGCCAUACACAUGUGCAUAUUCGCGUCUCUUGACCGCUUUCACCCAUCUUAUAUCCUUGCAUGGAGGCAACCAGCUCAUGAUGCGUUUAAUACGAUCACAGUACUGGAUUCCAAAGCUGAAGGUGUUGGUCAAAUCCACAAUUCAUUCCUGCAAAAUCUGCGUCAUCCGAAAAAAGAAAUUGCAAACGCAGCUCAUGGGCGACUUGCCUGUGGAGAGAGUCACAUUCUCUCGGCCGUUCACUCACACAGGAGUCGAUUUUGCAGGCCCCUUCGAUGUAAAAAAUUACACAGGUCGAGCCUGUCUUAUUACGAAAGGCUACGUGUGCGUCUUUGUGUGCUUCAGCACCAAAGCCAUCCACCUAGAAGCUACAUCUGACCUGACCACAGAAAAAUUCCUAGCGGCAUUUGCGAGAUUUGUGGCACGACGAGGGUGCCCAAGUCAAAUGCAUUCCGACAACGGCAAAACCUUCGUCGGAGCGGCCAAAGUCCUCUCGCGCGAUUUUGUAGAAGCGCUUAAGACUCAACUCCAGGCCACUUACAGUCUCCAGAAACUGUCCUGGCACUUCAACCCUCCUAGUGCACCGCAUAUGGGUGGCCUGUGGGAGGCAGGUGUAAAGAGUUUCAAAAAUCUAUUUUAUAAGUCUACAUCGACCUCCAAAUACACCUUCGAAGAGCUUUCCACGCUCCUAUCCAAAGUUGAAGCAUGCCUGAAUUCAAGACCGAUAUCUCCAAUGUCGGAAGAUCCUACUGAUCUCCUAGCUCUGACUCCCGGUCAUUUUCUAGUCGGGGGUCCUCUACUUUCCGCCACAGAGCCAGAGAUCAAGGAAAACGCCGCGUCCAUCAUCAACCGCUGGCAGCGCUUGAAGGCUUUGCAACAACAGUUCUGUCUCCGUUGGAAACAUGAGUAUCUUUUAGAGUUACACAAAAGAAACAAAUGGCAAACUCCAACGCGAGACUUACAACGGGACGAUCUAGUCAUUAUUAAAGAAGAUAAUCUUCCAGUUAAUGACUGGCGUCUAGGUCGAAUCCAAACGACCUAUCCUGGCGACGACCAAAGAGUCCGAGUGGUCGACGUGUUAACAGCCCGAGGUGUCUCCAAGAGACCUAUCUCUAAGCUGAUCCUGCUCCCGAUAGAAUCUAGUCUCCAUUUUCCAUCCAGUAGAAUCUCCAGUAAAGACUAG